ACAUAGGUGAUGUCUAAGACGCCCAGAGGAGGUGAUCGCCAGGCUGAGACCUGGCACGUGGCACAGGGCAUCCCUGCUUUUCACGUAUGGGCUCCCACCCCCAACCCAGCUUCCGCACACCUAGGGCACCUGGGCUCAUGGAACACGACUGGUGGAAUGAUUGAUGCUGGUCUUCUCUCUCUGUUUCUGGAAGAUUUCUCCCUGGACAAUGGCAGCUACAAUUCAGGCAAUGGAGAGGAAGAUCGAGUCACAGGCUGCCCGCUUGCUCUCCCUAGAAGGUAGGACAGGGAUGGCCGAGAAGAAGCUGGCCGACUGCGAGAAGACGACCCUGGAGUUCGGGAACCAGCUGGAGGGCAAGUGGGCCGUGCUGGGGACGCUGCUGCAGGAAUACGGGCUGCUGCAGAGACGGCUGGAGAACAUGGAGAACCUGCUGCGCAACAGGAACUUCUGGGUCCUGCGGCUGCCCCCGGGCAGCAAGGGGGAGGCCCCCAAGGAGUGGAGUAAGCUGGACGAGUGGCAGAAGGAGCUGUACAAGCACGUGAUGAGGGGCAACUACGAGACGCUGGUUUCCCUGGACUACGCCAUCUCCAAGCCCGAGGUCCUCACCCAGACCGAGCAAGGCAAGGAGCCCUGUGGCUGGCGCCGCGCGGCCCCCAAGGUUCCAGAUGUCCCUGUGGACCCGAGUCCAGGCUCCGGAGCCCCGGUUCCUGCCCCUGACCUCUUAAUGCAGAUCAAGCAGGAGGGUGAGCUCCAGCUCCAGGAACAGCAAGCUCUAGGGGUAGAAGCGUGGGCAGCUGGACAGCCAGAUAUCGGGGAGGAGCCGUGGGGCCUCAGCCAGCUGGACUCUGGAGCAGGAGACGUCUCUACAGAUGCUGCUUCUGGCGUCCACUCCAGCUUCUCAACCACUAUCCCGCCGACUUCCUGGCAGGCGGAUCUCCCUCCUCACCACCCCUCCUCCGCAUGCUCAGACGGGACCCUGAAGCUCAACACAGCAGCUUCCACGGAAGAUGUAAAAAUUGUGAUAAAAACCGAAGUCCAGGAAGAGGAGGUGGUGGCCACCCCAGUGCACCCUACUGACCUAGAGGCCCACGGGACCCUGUUUGGACCGGGCCAAGCCACAAGGUUCUUCCCCAGUCCCGUCCAGGAAGGCGCCUGGGAGAGCCAGGGGGGCGCCUUCCCCGGCCAGGACCCUGUGCUGGGGCUCAGAGAGCCCGCCCGGCCCGAGCGGGACAUGGGGGAGCCCAGCCCCGCCGUGGCCCAGGACGAGACCCCGCCAGGGGACUGGCUCCUUGGGGGGGUCCGGUGGGGCUGGAAUUUCAGGUGUAAACCACCUGUGGGUCUGAACCCGAGGACUGGGCCGGAGGGGCUGCCCUAUACCACCCCUGACAACGGAGAGGCCGUGCUGGACCCGGGCCAGGCCCCGAGGCCCUUCAGUGACCCCUGUAAAUACCCCGGCCGGACCAAGGGCUGUGGCCACAAGCCAGGCCUGAAGUGCGGGCGCUGCUUCACGCGGCCGGCCCACCUCAUCCGGCACCGCAUGCUGCACACGGGCGAGCGGCCCUUCCCGUGCACCGAGUGCGAGAAGCGCUUCACCGAGCGCUCCAAGCUCAUCGACCACUACCGAACGCACACGGGCGUGCGGCCCUUCAGCUGCACCGUCUGCGGCAAGAGCUUCAUCCGCAAGGACCACCUGCGCAAGCACCAGCGCAACCACACGGCGGNCCUCCCGGCCGGCCCCCCGGACCCCUUCAAGAGCCCUGCCCCCAAAGGACCCUUGGCCUCCACGGACCUUGUGACCGACUGGACUUGUGGCCUGAGUGCCCUGGGAACCACCGAUGGCGGGGACCUGUGAGGCACCCCAGGGUGGCCGGGGUCGCCUCAGCCCUCUGACCCUUGCGGGGUCACGAGUGUAAAAAAAAAAAAAAAAGGUCCCGAUUCGAGAGGUCAGGGUGGCCGCCAGUGCAGAGGCGGGAGUGGAGACUGGGGGACCACGUCCCCCAAGUUGCUGAACUGAUCACUGGAAGAGAAGCUCAAACGAUUCGGCUCCCACCUCUCCAUAAAGUAGAACUCUGAUUGUGCAACUGAGCACCAUAGACUUUUAAGUAAUUUAAUUACGAAACCUUUUUUCUAAUUCUUGGAGACGCUGGAAAAUAGUCGUAGUAGCAGUUUAAACUCUGUAGCAUACUUUUGGUUUCCCGGGCGUGUGUUUAUGUGGGCUGUGUCCUUACCAAGUCUGAGGGUCAGUGUGUGCUGGAAGGUCCGCGGGGCUGGGGACAGUGAGGAGGGACUGGCACCUCCCCCGCCCCCCCCAUGGGAUGGUCUUAGCACAGAGUCCUGGGGGAGCUGGGGUGCCAAGCCUCCUGGGAACUGAGGCCAGCUGGGCGCUGUGGAACCCCAGCCUCGUGUCAGCAGGGAAAAGGACUCCUUGGGGAGCAGUGAGCUCCAUUCCCAGCUUGCCUCCACCUGAAAAGGCUCCGAACAUGUGUUUCCCUAUUAUGGGCCACCAGCUCCCCCUAUCAGAAGGGAGCUUGAUGGUAUCCCCUGUAGUGUGACUCCUGGGCCUUGGAAAGGAGGGUUAUCUGAAAACAGGGUUAGGGCUGCAGAGGUGACCAGGCAGGGGUAGUGGGUGCCGUCACCAUCGAGGGACCAGCAGAGAGAGGAACAAAGCCUGGCCUGCCGAGCCCACCUGGAGCUGCUUUCCACUCCAGCAAAAUGCUUCUGUGUCCUAUGUGUAGUGUUUUUUCGUUGUCAAAAUGCUUUUGCAUCACAUCUCAUUCGAUGGUUACCGUGACCUUGUGAAACACGAAGGGCAAGCCUUUCUUGUUAGAGGAUAACAAGGGGAUACAUCCUCAAAGGGGAUACAUCUCAGCCUUGCACUGUGGGGGCCGGUGGGGGAAAGCCUCAGGUUAGACGUGGCUUGUCCUCCCAGAACCUCGGUUUGGGGGAGGAACGCUUUUCGUUUUUGCCCUCUCAGAAGAUCUGUCCCACACAUGCAUGAGCAAAAUCGUCAGGCCUCAGGCUUUAGCCGAGCCAGGGCCUCCCUGGUGUGUGCGCUCCCAGCGAGGUCCGAGAUGCUGGGUAUGGGUGAUGCUGACAUCUAACGCUGCAAUCGGACAUGGGCCCAGGUUUCUUGAUUCUACCGCAGUGCUGACGCCACCACACAGUAACCAUUCCUGUUUUGUUGAAGCCGCCACUGGAUCCCUUAUCCAAAACGGGUGACUUGUUACCCCCGCAGAGGCAAGGCCAGGGCUGCUGUCCACUCAGCUCCCCCUUGUGUACUUUUGUUAGGCAGUAGACUAGUUAAGAAGAUUGUUUCUAUGUACUGUAUAUUUUGUACCUGUUUACACCUCUAAUUGAUAUAACUGAUAUUUUGAAAAACAAAUGAAGAGGAAAUGCCCUGUUAAAAUAAAACCUAACCAGCACCCA